CUUCAGGCCGCUUGAAGUGAACUUGUGCAUUCUAACAACGGCUCGGACCAAUAACUGGUAUUUCAACUCAUUUGCUAGUACUAUAUCCAUAUGGUUCGAUGAGUUCUUAGCACAUACAGUAUAUUGAUGCUUUUAUUGUUGAUCUACUUUGUGUACAAGAUGAUGGAAAAGCUUAGAGGAAGCAUGACUUACAGGAGCUUGAGGAUGAUGGCUCUCCUGUUGCUCUCUACACACUUGGUAUACACUUCGGCUCUUUCUGCUGCAUCGUCAUACGAGUUCACAGCCUACAGGAUGCAGCACUACAGUCUGCACCAGGAAAAACAUGGUUGUCAGGGUGCCAUGGUGGUUGCUGAAGCACGUUCACCAGACGAUUUGAGUUUGACCAGACGCUGUGUGAUCAUGAAGCUGUCUGAAUUCACAAUAGAACGCUUUCUAGAGUCUAAGAGGCAGAAUGCUGCUGCACUGCUCAUACUGAUACCUCAAAACAUCUCUACUGUACCUGAGGAUGUCAUCCAGGGUUUCAUGGUUACAGAGUCUGAGGUUCUAAAGAUGGAGACCCUCAUGCCUGUUUAUGUGGUCCCUGAGGAUGAACAGCUUUUAUAUAUGUAUGCAGAAGUGAAGCAUGCAGCAGCCACCAAGUCCACCUCUAUUCUGAUUAGGGUUCUUCGUAGUAUGGUCACAACUACUGCCUUUCAAAUUUUGGUAAACAACAACUCCCCCAUCAAGGCCAUUACUGACAACUCUAUCAUUACAUUAGAGGGUGUGCUUCCUGGAGUUGGAGAGGAGCCACCCACAAUUGUUAUCACCGCCCAUUAUGACUCGUUUGGCCUUGCUCCGUGGCUGUCAUAUGGAGCAGACUCGAAUGCCAGUGGUGUCACCAUGCUGCUAGAACUUGCUAGACUCUUUCAAAGACUUUACAGUGAUGCCCGCAACAAAGCACAGUUUCACCUCCUUUUCUCUCUUACUGGUGGAGGGAAAUAUAACUUCAUUGGCACCAAACACUGGUUGGCUGAAAACAUGGACCAUGCAGAAUCCAGUCUCCUGCAUGAUAAUGUGGCCUUCGUCCUCUGUUUGGACUCACUUGGCUCUGGUGAUGAACUUUUCCUCCAUGUUUCUCGACCGCCAAAACCAGAGACACCUCAGUUUAACUUCAUCCAGCAACUGCAGGAAGUGAUCUCAUCCAGAUUUCCAUGGGUAAGGUUUGGAACUGUACACAAGAAGAUCAACUUACAAGACUCUACUUUAGCAUGGGAGCACGAGCACUAUGGAAUGAGACACAUCCCAGGAUUCACUCUGUCUCACCUGCAGGACAGUAGAUCAGAGCGUCGGGGUUCUAUCCUUGAUACGAUGUCUCAAGUGGACAUCAGAAAACUGAAACGUAACACGGUUAUUGUUGCUGAAGCCUUGGUGAGGUACAUGUAUGAUCUGUCAGACAAGGGUUCUCCAAAAGAAUUGCAAGUGUUCAAGGGCAGUUUGGAUGUCCUAGACAGUCGUUUAUCUGCUCUGAUGACCAUGUUGACUUCUGUGCCUCGAGCCACUCAGCUGAUGGACACGGAACCACAGCACACUCUUCUCAUCAGCAGCCUGGAGCAGGAGUUCAGACGGCAUCUUCAACACGUCUACAGACACAAUUUCCGUCAGGACCACAGGGAUCCUGACAUUACGUUCUUCGAUCAAAUGAAGCAGCAAAUGAUGAUGUACAGGGUGAAGCCUGCUGCAUUUGAUCUCUUCCUCGGUGGCUGUAUUGCUGGGUACUUAGGAUUAGUGUUCUAUGCAAUUCAGAACUUUGGAAAUUUCUAUGCAAGACUUAAAGCCAUUGUGAAAAAUAAACAGCAGUAAGAACAAGGAGACAAGGCCUGAAUGCUAGAGAUGGAUUAAGAAAACUGUCCUACACGACGUUGCUGCGUAUGUUGUGUUGUAUUGUAUUUUACUUGUUGUGUGUGUACUUUUAUGAAUAAAGAA